AUGACAAUCGUGCACAUGGUGAUGUUCAAGUUCCGCUCCGAUGUAACUGCGGCGCAUAAAGAGACCUUCGCUCGAGAACUCAAAAAGCUCAAAGAUAUGGACUGCGUGAAAGGACAUCGACUAGUCGUGGGAGGGCCCUCAAUGACCGACGCCAUUGAACGAAGUAAGGGGUUCGAGUUUGCGCUUUUGAGCUUUCAUGAGUCUCUUGCAGACCUAGAGAAGUAUCAGGCAAGCAAAGAACACCACAGGGUUACAAGCACGUAUAUGUUUCCAUACAAGGAGGACCUGGUCCGUUUUGACUUUGAAGUUCCGCCGGAGGACGAGUACAUGUUUUUGUUCUCCCAGUAA